AUGGCUGGAAGAAAUGGUCGCGUAAUCGCUGAUGCCAUGGCAGCUUUGGCUCAGGUUUUGCAAGCUCAGCAGAAUCCACUGGUUGAAGAUGUUAAAUCUCGUCAUAUGGACAUGUUUCAUAAAAAUAAACCACCAACCUUCAAAGGAAGGUAUGACCCUGAAGGUGCUCAAGUUUGGUUGCAAGAGAUCGAGAAAAUAUUUCAAGUGAUGGCUUGUGCAGACGCUCAAAAGGACGCAUUCCUGGAAAAAUAUUUCCCAGCUGAUAUACGUAGUAAAAAGGAGAUCGAAUUCCUUGAACUUAAACAACAGAAUAUAACUAUUACAGAUUAUGCUGCUAAGUUUGAGGAAUUGUAUAGGUUCUGCCCUCACUAUAAUGGGGCAGAAGCUGAAGUGUUCAAAUGCAUUUAG